AUAUACUUCUAUAAGUUUUUACAGACGUCAAGUUUGGCUGCGUUUUUCACCGCUUUUAAAACAUGUCUAUCGGUCUAUUGACAUCUUCUCUCCGAACUUUAAAAACGGUCGGAGAGAAGAUGCCCUACGAGAGAGCCUUGAAUUUUAUAUCAACACAAGUUGAAGAUAUGAAAAACUCGAUCGUGUCUAAAGACUAUUCUCAUCUGACGACUAGACGAACAAGAUCAGAGCUGGUGCGUCUGAGUGCUGCUGUAUGUGGAAUAGAGUUCUGUUAUGCAGCCGAAACUGCCUUUGUAAGUCCUACACUGCUUGCAAUUGGAGUUCCUCGUGCCCUUAUGACUUUAGUAUGGUGCGCAAGCCCCUUGUUAGGAUUCUUCCUUGUUCCUAUUCUCGGUUCUGCCAGCGAUAGAUGUAAAUUUUCUCUCGGAAGGCGUAGACCCUUUAUAUUAAUUCUUUCUAUAGGAAUUAUUCUAGGGCUACUCUUUGUACCUAACGGUACAGAAUGGGGAAGAUCUUUAGGCGAUUCCUCCUUACACAUUCUAGUGAACUCGACUGACAAUUCGACUACGUAUAACUCGACUAGUCAUUUGGUCUCAAUUCGAACUCCUGUCAAUCAAAGACCGAAAGGUAUCUUUAUGACAAUCUUAGGAGUAAUUAUGUUGGAUAUGUGUUGCGAUGGCUGUCAGUCACCGUGUAGAGCUUAUCUUUUAGACGUAACGGUACAAGCUGAUCAUCCAAUUGGUUUAACUACCUUUACGAUACUUGCUGGAUUAGGUGGAUCGUUAGGUUACAUAAUUGGCGGCAUUGACUGGCAAAAAGCCUCUUUAGCAAAUUCCUUUUCAGCCGAUGUUAGCAUUGUCUUUACAUUAGUUCUCUUCAUUUACAUAAUUGCCGUAUUGAUAACGAUAACUGCUGUUAGAGAAAUUCCUUUAGAUAAAUUGGAACUUCCACCGUCUGAAGAUCAGUGUGUGCAAGUUUGCGCUUCCGGUAAUAAAUACAGAAAAUUUAGUAAUGAGGAAGAUGAUGUUGAAGGUAGUACCAUUUACGGAGCCACUGAUAACGUAAAUCCGAUACCUAAAAUUGAUGAUGGGAAAGAUGUAGGUAACACAAAUAUUUCUAUUUAUAUUACUAAAGAACAGACAAAAGAAGAAAACGAUGAAGAAAAUACGACGAAUACAGAAUAUUUACCUUCUGAAGUAACGAUCAAAGUAUAUUUGAAAUCUAUAAUACAAAUGCCAAGAUCCAUGAUUAUUCUUUGCCUGACAAAUUUAUUUUGUUGGAUGUCACUGGUAUGCUAUUCCCUAUAUUUCACCGAUUUUGUUGGACAAACCGUCUAUGGUGGGGAUCCAUCAGCUGAAGAAGGUUCGGAAAAACGAAUAAAAUACGAAAAUGGUGUUAGAAUGGGUAGUCUAGGAAUGUCCUUAUACUCGAUUUCUUGUAGUUUCUAUUCUUUAAUUAUAGAAAAGCUGGUCAAAAAAUUCAGUAAGAUUUUUUUCUUAAGUAAAGUUAUAAUUUUCAAUGUGGAAUAAUGUUUUUUUCCCGGAAAUUGGCAGAAGCCAGGAACGUUUAUGUAAUUAGUCAGCUUGUUUACACUUGUGGUAUGAUACUGCUCGCUAUAUCAAGAAGUAAGGCAGCAGUGAUUUUACUGUCACCAACUGCCGGAGUUAUGUACGCUACUCUAUUUACAAUGCCUUAUCUGUUAGUGGCCCACUAUCAUUCAAAUGAUACGUUUGAAGAAACUUCCGAAAUAUCAUCGAAAACAAAGAAAAAUGUUAGAGGUCUUGGAACUGAUAUUGCCGUAGUAUCUUCUAUGGUAUUUCUGGCCCAAUUAUUGCUUUCAGCAAUAAUGGGAAGCUUAGAGAAAUUAAUAAAUUCGACUGUACCAGUUGUCAUUUGCGCAGCUGUUCUGAGCUUUUGCGGCGCAAUAACAGCAACGCAAGUUUUGUAUCUGGAUUUAUAAUUUCUCAGAUUAACUCUAAAUAUAUAUAAAUGUGUAUAUCUUAUUUACAAAUAUCUAUUUUAACAGUUAUCUGAAAAAAAGUGUGUUUGUCGCAAUAUUCUAUAAAUAAUGUGUAAAAUUUAAUAUCCCAAGUUUAUUAUCUCAUAAAGUUACAUCAUUAAAAGGCAAAUUAUAGAAAUACAAUCCCUCUAUUAAUGCAUAUCUUGCAAUGUCACUAACAUAAUUAAGUUUGUCAUGCGUUUAUCAAGCCUAAAAGUAGAAUGACAAUAAAAGGCUUGAAAACAUAUUUUGUCAUAUUUAAUCGUAAACUAUACAUAUAUUCUCGUUCCAUGUUAUUAAUUUAAUUACAUUAAUA